UUUAGUCUCCUCUCUCUUUUCUCUUCCCUUAAAAGAAACAAUGGGAGAAAGUAAUGGUUAAUUUUUAAAAAGCCACUGCUUUGGUCGAUAAUUAUAUAUCAAAAGCUUUUUUCUUUUCUUUUCUUUUUUUUUGGGAGGCAAGUGCAGGCUAGCUACCUUUCUCACAUAAAGUCUAAAUAUCGGCUCUUUUGCGAGGAGAGAAUUUCACCAAUCCAAUCCAUAGGAUCAGGGAACUGAUCUGUGUGAAGAACAUGGGUCUGAGAGAUCAGUACUGCAAUGUGCAAGAUAAGACUAAUCCCUACUUUCAUGCUUCUCCAACUUUCAUAGAAUGGCUCAAACCAUCAUCAUCAUCUUCUUCUUCUUCUGAUGAGACUUGUCAAAACGAGGUCGUUCGGGAGACUAUCCAGUUUUUGCCUCCAUCGAAAGAUUUGGAAGUUGGAAGGGAAAAGGAGGUGUUUGGGUCAGUGAAAGAAGAGAAGGUACUGCUGGAGCAAGUGGGGGUGGCUUUGCACAUUGGGUUACCUACCAAUUAUACAGAAUACAGUGAUGGGGCUGAUGUGAAGAAGAAGGUGAUUGAUGUUAAAGAAGAAGAUGAGGAAGAAGAAGAAGAAGGCAUGAUGAUGAUGAAGAGAAGCUUCCAUGGAUUUAACCAGGAGAGAAGGUUCUGGAUACCAACUCCUGCACAGAUCCUUAUUGGGCCGAUGCAGUUUGCUUGCUCCAUAUGCAGCAAGACCUUCAAUAGGUAUAACAACAUGCAGAUGCAUAUGUGGGGGCAUGGGUCCGAAUUUAGGAAAGGACCAGACUCUCUAAGAGGAACACAACCAGCAGCAAUGCUGAGGCUACCAUGUUAUUGCUGUGCUCAUGGCUGCAAGAACAACAUCAACCAUCCGAGAGCUAAGCCACUCAAGGACUUCAGAACCCUGCAGACCCACUACAAGAGAAAGCAUGGCUCCAAACCCUUCAUGUGCAGAAAGUGUGCCAAGACUUUCGCUGUCAAAGGAGAUUGGAGGACUCACGAGAAGAACUGUGGCAAGUUGUGGUAUUGCACUUGUGGUUCAGAUUUCAAGCACAAGAGAUCCCUCAAGGAUCAUAUUAGGUCAUUCGGAAAGGGUCACAAACCCCAUCCUUCUCUUGAAGGUUUUGAGAAGGACUCGGAAGAAGAUGAAGUUGUUACUACUCACACAUAAUCUAACUCAUAGUUUAGGUGUUUGCUGUCAAAUUUACACGUGUUGAAUUUACAUUACAGAAUUUGACAGCAAACACCUAAAGAACUUAAUUUACUUCGAGUCUUUGCCCUUAGUAUUAUUAUUACGAGGCUUGUUCUUAAGCUUGUGCUCAGUAACAAAAAGUUCUCUUGAAUGGAAGUGCUGAGGCGUGACCAUAGGGAUCGGUUUGCUAGGGAGCACUUGUUGGGUGAUGACGAGCAGCUAGCUAGCUAGAAGGAUCGAUAUAUAGAGGUUUGCUUUGUGGUGAUUAUAAUAAGAUGGCCAUUACCUCUUAAGUGAUGAAGUAGAUGAAUUUUCUUCUCACAAGAACAGGAAGAAGUAGGUGUUUGGAGAGUAUUUAUCUGUAACCUCUUCACUAUGGGGAAAAUUUAUCCGCUUCAUUACUAAAUGGUAAUCACCAUUGGAGGACUUUAAUUUGUUGUCACAAUCUAUAUAACUUUGUUUGUUCUUAUGGACUUGACCUGCAGAUUGCUAUACAUAGAGAGAGCAUUGUGGUUUUAAUUUAUUUCUAUACAAA